GAGAUUUCAUCACGUCUCGUUGGCGGGAAAAUGCUCAUCCCCAUUCAUCAAAAUUAGGGUUUCUUUCCAAACCAAAAUCGAGCCAAUCAGCCUUAUUAUUUUUGCUUAAUUGACCGCAUAUCCACUUGAUUCAAGCUUUGUGCUUGUUUCUUUGAAGAAUUUAGAAUGAACAAAGUAGACAGUCCGCAGGUUACAAAAAGAAAAACGAGAUUAUCAUCAUCUUGCAACCCAAAUGCGAUCGAAAGCGCUACAACUACCAUCAAUCUUCCACCCCUUACGCUUCGUGAUCUCGUGUUUGGAGAAGAAGAACCCCUAACUUAUGAUGAUUUGAUUUCUAGUCUACCCGGAAGACGAAACCAAAUCUUUGAACUUGUACGCCUUUUGGGUCCGGUGGAUUCUCCUGUAUCUCCGAUAUUUGUUUACGGCGGCGCAUCGACUGGCAAAACAAGUACGAUUCUCCAGGUUUUCCGUCACUUAAACCGGCCAUUUGUCUACUCAAGCUGUAGGACCUGUUACAAUGCCCGCCAACUGUUUGAAAAUAUUCUGAACCAGCUAUUGCUUCAUAGGAAAAGCGAAAUUAAUGGCUAUUCGAGUGCCAAGAAGUGUGAAAAGCAAGCUGAUUUUGUUAAUCUCUUGAAGGAAGCAUUGGUGGGUGUUGUAGAUAGUCUGAAAGGUAAUUCGGGGAAAUCUUCGGGAGGAUUCGUCAAUGGAAGUAUGGUUUACUUGAUUUUCGAUAGUUUAGAGCUUGUCAGAGACUGGGACAAAAGUUCUACCAUAUUACCAUUUUUGUUCAAGCUUCAUGAUAUUUUGAAGGUUCCUGAUGUUGGUUUGAUUUUUGUCAGUAGCUCUUCACUCGAUACCUUCUAUUCAGAUACAGGUUUUGUUGAUCCUAUACCUGUUUAUUUCCCUGAUUAUACAGAAGACGCUCUUAGACAAAUCUUGAUGAGAAACCAGCCAAACCCAAAACUCUACUCAGCUUUUCUCGAUUUGGUGCUGAAGCCUUUCUGUCGGGUAACUAGAAAGCUUGAUGAGUUAUCGGCUGGUUUAUCACCGCUAUUUAAGAAAUUCUGUGAGCCUUUAGAUGAUUUGGAGGUUAAUCCUGUUGGAGAAAACAAGAGAAAGUUGUUGAAUUGUCUUCAACCUCAUAUUGCUCCUGCUAUCAAUGAGAUAUUAAGAGUCACAGCCAUGUCAUCUCAGGUCAACAUGAAAAAGAAGAAAUCUGGAGCUUCUGAUUCCAUUGAUGAGAUAGAGUUUCAUAUGUCUACUUCCGCAAAGUAUCUUGUUAUUUCUGCAUUUCUUGCUUCCAGAAAUCCUGCUACUCUUGAUGCAUCAUUCUUUGAUUCGACUGGAGGUCCUGCUAAUCAAAAAAAGAAGAGAAAGAGCUCAGAAAAAUCAAAGGAAUUGAAGGAAGCUUUGGAGGAAGAACAGUUCAUGAAAGGCCCUGGAACAUUUCCAUUGGAGAGAUUGUUAGCUAUUUUCCAGUGUAUCACAUCAGGUUCAGAGUAUCCACUUGAAGAAGAAGAAGAGGAAGAAGAAGAAGAAGAAGAUAAGAGUCUUAUGUCUGACAUACUUUUACAAGUAUCAAGUCUUUGCAGUGCUAAUUUUAUAAGCAAAGGUGGAAGCUGCCCAUUGGAAGGCUCAACUCGAUACAGGUCAACAAUUAGCGAGGAUUUGGCCUUAAAAGUAGCAAAGAGCCUCAAGUUUCCACUUGCAAAGUACUUAUAUAGAAAAUAGUCCAUUUGAAAAAGUCAGAUUUUGACUUUUGAAGGUCAACUAUUGUAUGUUACAAAAUUUUAUAUUUUGUAGUUUGAAGCUUAUAAGAAAACCAAUUAUCUC